CUCGAAAAGAGUCGUCCCCAGCAUAGAGCCUGGGUACUCCGUCCGCUCAUGCCCACAUCGGCCCCCAACGACCCGGAGCCAUGGAGCAAAAUCCACCCGGACAUCGAGUCCAAAAUCAUGCCCGGGCUGACCAAUGGCAGUCCCCAAAGUUCAUGGCCUACUUUCCCUGCAGGCGUGACGUACCCUUCCAUCCUCGGCGAACUGUACUCAGCAGCCUUCACCGCUGCCGGCGGUUCAACUGGCUGUGCUCGCCCGCGUGCACGGAGCUGGAAAUCAUCGUCAUGGACUGGAUGGCGCAGGCGCUCGGGUUGCCGGAUUGCUUCCUCAGCGCUGCGUCGUCGAAGUCAGGGAAGAGUACCGGCGGGGGAACUAUUCAGGGCACCGCAAGCGAGAUCGUUGCGACCGUCAUCGUUGCCGCUCGGGAAAGACAUGUGAGGGACAAGGCGCUGGCCGAGGGGUUGGUGGAGGGCACCCCGGAGUGGGAAGAUCGGACCAUGGAGCUGCGGACGCGGCUUGUGGCGGUGGGCACUGACCAGACGCACAGUUGCACGGCGAAAGGUGCGCGGAUUGCCGGGGUGCGGUACCGCGCUAUCCCCACACGGCUGGAGGAUGGUCUAGCCAUGACGGGGGAUGGAUUGCGCAAGAUGCUAGAGCAGUGUGAGCGCGAGGGCCUGGAGCCGUUCUACCUGACUGCCACGAUGGGCACUACUAAUUCCUGCGCCAUUGAUCGGUUUUCGGAGAUCAAGGCGGUGCUGAAGGAGAAGGAGGCAUGGCAGAAGAUAUGGGUCCAUAUCGAUGGUGCGUAUGCCGGUUCCGCGCUCGUGACAGAGGAAUGGCAGCACAUUGCGCAGGAGUUUGCGGAGGGAGUGGAUAGCUUCAUGGUGAAUCUGUCCAAGUGGCUCUUAGUUAACUUCGACGCCAGUUUACUCUAUGUCUCCAACUCCAUCCACCUCACCAACGCUCUGGACAUAACCCCUGCCUACCUGCGGAAUCCCAGCAGCCUCACCACGCCCGUGACAGACUUCCGCAACUGGGGCAUCCCACUGGGCCGACGCUUCCGCGCACUCAAGGUCUGGUUCGUCAUGCGCACCUACGGGCUAUCUGGCAUGAAAGCGCAUAUCCGCAAGGGCAUAAAGAACGGCGUCGUCUUCUCCAACCUCACUAAAACGCGACCGGAUCUAUUCGAGAUAGUCACAGGGCCUUCGAUCGGAUUGACCACGGUAAGGGUUAGAGGCCUGGAUGAGGCCUCCCCCGCUUCGACUGCAUCUUUGACUAAUGGCACGUCCGGUUUGAACGACGGGGUGGCCAAGACAGUAGGGUCAAAGGACACGUCAACCAUUUCGACGCAGGCCCUUACUCAGAAGGUUUGUGAAAAGAUCAAUGCCGGCGGCGAAUUAUUCCUGACGUCUUCGGUGAUUGGUGGGUAUACGGUGAUACGGGUCGUGAGCGGGAAUCCGCUGGCGCAAGAGAAGUAUGUCCGCCAGGCAUUCGAGGUUUUGGUCAAGGUUACUGAGGAAGUGUUGGCGGAAGAGCGCAAGAAGAUGCAAGGACAGAGCUUGCGAAACUAAAAGGUUGCACAUAGAUCUCACUCAGCGAUAGAAGUUAAAACAAGGGUGGUUAAUGUUGGCUACUGAGACAGCUAUUUGGUAAAAAAAAAAAAGUGUUGGUUAGACUUAGAUAGAUUUUCUUUUACGACGCAAAUGAAGGGACGUAUCUAAUUAGGAUAUCACCGUACCCUCCCAGUCAGAUUCCAGUAAGUCUCCGGGAUCCUUGUUUGAGAUACACCAGGCUCGGCAACAUAUUCAACUUAGCUGCAACGACUGCCGAGCAUUGGCCCGUACCCAGAUACUUUCAGGAACAAGUCUGACAGAAUAUUGAAAUAAAGAGACUAGGUUUAUAUAUGCAUAUAUAUGUGUUAUAUCCAAAUAGAUCCGUAUCUAACAUGCUCCCUCUAUUAUCCAAAAAUAUUUUAUUCCAAAUGUUUAUCCAAAUUGCUAUAGAUAUAUCCCCUAUUGAUCCAAUACCAU